AUGCCUCGCGACCUCUCAGCCCUAGCCAAGGAGGAUACACUCCAAGGAAUGUCCCAACUGACCAAAUCGCCCGACGCCGUCGAGGAACUCCAACAACCUCGCAUGACCGCUGAGGAGGAGAACGAGAUGCUGCAAGGCCUCACGCCUGAUCCACCGCGAUCAAAGCGAGAUGAGCUUCAUCCUUACACGCAGAACUUGAGUCUGUCUGAUGUGGAAAGUUGUACGAGGUUAGAGGAAGAAGCAUUUCCGCCACAGGAACGUUGUUCGAGGGAGAAAUUCCAGUACAGACUUAGCCACUGUGGCGAGCUCAGCCUAGGCAUCUUCACUUCUCACGAAGGCAACGAUAUCGCGACUGCGCAGACGUCAGCACCGGUGUAUAGUGGGGCUCCGCAUAGGAAGGCGGUGUUACUCGGUCAUGUGAUCGCAACCAAGACAACAAACCCGACAGUAACAGACAACGACAUGGCCAUCCCUUCACCCACCUCGCAAUCAUCAACAUCAGACGCCGACCCGGGUUCGUUACCAGGCCAUAAGGAAAUCGGCAGAACACUUUGCAUCCACUCCCUCGCCGUCCUACCAGGCUAUCAGGGCCGUGGUCUUGGCAGGACACUAAUGAAGGCGUAUCUCCAACGCAUCGAGAGUCAUGGUGUCGCUGAUCGAGUGGCGUUGAUAGCGCAUGAGCAUUUGAUCAAGUUUUACGAGGGGUUUGGGUUCGUGAACCAGGGGGGGAGUAAGUGUCAGUUUGGUGGUGGGGGUUGGUUUGAUAUGGUUAGGGAGCUGGAUCCGGAGGGGUCUGGUAUGCCGAGUUUGGAUGGGGAGGAGGAUGAUUAUGUAUGA